AUGUCUGCCCACCCAACCAAUCUUUCCAUUGUCGCGGGGGCGACUGACAAUCCGCUAUGGACUAUGACUUUGGGCGAAUUGAUCGAGACCCAGGCCAAGUACUACGGAGGGCGAACCGCAGUCGUAUUUCCGUGGCAAAACAUUUCCAGGACAUACCACAGCCUGUCACUCCGAAGCAAGCUCGUCGCCAAAGCCUUGCUAGCCGCCGGGCUCCAGCAUGGAGACUGUGUAGCAAUUACUGCCGGCAACUGCUACCAAUACAUUGAGGUCUUUUUCGGCGCUGCUCGCAUUGGCUGUCCCGUGGUGGUGUUGAAUUCCACGUAUACCCCUACAGAACUACUACGAGCCGUGGCAUUUUCCGAGUGUAAAAUCAUCUUUGCCGCACAGUUUUCCGGUCCAAAGGGGGAUUUGUCCGAGCACCUCGAGCAUCUCGACAAGCAUGGUAGCGACGACGCACGGCUCGUGCUGUUCGACUCGUCAUUCAGGUCCCGGGACAACCGACUGAGCGUUGCCACAUAUGAUGACUUUGUUGGCAAAGCGGAGUUGUCUCAUGUCAGCGACUCGUUGCUUGCGGAGAAGGAAUCUCUCGUGAAAGCUGGUGAUGUGCUCAAUAUACAGUUUACGUCUGGCACAACGGGCUUACCCAAGGCCUCUAUGCUAACCCACAUGAACCUAAUCAACAACGGCAAACUUGUUGGCGACCAACUUCGACUCACCGAAAAAGAUGUAGUCUGCUGCCCUCCUCCAUUAUUCCACUGCUUCGGCCUGGUCAUGGGUGUUCUUGGCGCGUUUACCCACGGGAGCUCGAUCGUCUUUCCUUCUGCACAGUUCAACGCGGACCUGGUUCUCGACAGCAUCGAAUCGGAAUCAUGCACCGUUCUAUACGGCGUCCCGACCAUGUUCUUGGUGGAACUAGAGGUCAAUAAAAGGCGGAAGCGGGACACGUCGUCGCUUCAAAAGGCUCUAGCUGCGGGAGCGCUGGUUCCGCAAGCGGUUGUGCGCAGACUGAAGCAUGAAAUGAACCUCGAGACUGUAUUAAUCGCCUAUGGCAUGACUGAAACUAGUCCCGUCACCUUUGGCACGGGGUUCCAAGACCCGAUAGAGCAGCGCCUCACCUCGGUAGGGACCGUCUUCCCGCACACCGGUGCCAAAAUUGUCGACUCCAGAGGUCGUAUUGUGCCUCGGGGUAUUCGUGGCGAGAUUUGCACCAGCGGCUAUGCCUUGCAAAAGGGAUACUUGAAGAACGCGGAGAAGACGGCAGAGGUAAUGCGCGCGGAUUCUGAUGGUGUCGUGUGGAUGCAUACCGGUGACGAGGGUGUCAUUGACGAGCAAGGAUAUUGCCGUGUGACGGGCCGGAUUAAAGACAUGAUAAUACGAGGGGGGGAAAAUAUCAUACCGACGGAAAUUGAAGAGCGACUCCUCGCUCAUGCGUGCGUCGUGGAAGCCAGUGUCAUUGGACUACCAGACGAGAGGUACGGCGAAGCUGUGGCGUGUUUUCUUCGCCAAAAGGAGGCUUGCCCUCGGCCUGAUGAUGCUGGCAUCGCCCGCUGGGUGCAGCAGACACUCGGCCGCCAUAAAGCGCCGAGAUAUGUGUAUUGGAUCGGGGACCCUGGCGUUGGACACGACUUCCCCAAGACGGGGAGUGGAAAACAUCAGAAACAUAUCCUUCGGGAUAUCGGAACAAGGCUGUUACGCGGCAGUGUCGUAGGCAAGGGGGAUGCACUUAGAGCACGAUUAUAG